AGGGCCCUUGACCCUCACUUUCUCCUCCUCCCGGUAACUUUCUCCAAGCACUAAACAAAUUGAGCACGCUCAUCGUAACACGGCCGUCCGAGAAGGUCUCGUAUGACGACGGCGAGGAGGAGGAGCAGCUCUCUCUUCGGGCUCGGCUGCGGCUGCAAGGACUCGGUCUCGGUGUCGGCGUCCGAGACCGCCUCCGACAAAUCCACCGUGACCCCUCGCAGGGUCAGGGAUCCAUCCUCCGCGGACACCCUGACCCUGACCUCCCCCUCCUCCUCGUCCUCUUGCUGGGAUGAGGAGGAGGAGGAGGAGAAGAAGCCCGAUAGCUCGGCGAGCACGCCGAACUUCUCCGGGAUUCUGCGCAAGCUCAACGAACUGGAGCAGAAUGUCAUGGCCUGGGGGAGGAGUCUUCCUCCUCCUCCUCCUCCACCCCCUCGCCAUCGGAGGAGCGACAGCGAAGGAAGGCGAAGAAUAGAGGAGAGCGUGGCGGUGGUGAAGGAAUCAGCCGACCCAUUAGGGGAUUUUAGAGGCUCGAUGCUGCAAAUGAUUGUCGAGAAGGAGAUCGUCGACGGGGAGGAGCUGCGAGAGCUCCUCCUCCGUUUCCUCUCCCUCAAUUCUCCCCGCCACCACGACCUCAUCCUCCGGGCUUUCGCCGAGAUCUGGGACGAGGUCUUCUCCGGCUACGAGGACACCCCCGAUCUCCUCCGCCGUACCUACUCCUGCUUCUCCCUACCUCGGCACUUCUAAUAAUCAUACGUUAGCCAAUUUUGCUACUACCAUUGACAAGGCUCAAGCGUGGAAAGAUGAUUUGCAUUCGAGGUGGUUCAACUUUCUUUAUGCUCUUGUUUGUAUGUGAUUAUUUAUGAUAUAUUUAUUAAUUAGCAUAAAUUUGCAUGCGAUCAAUAUUAUUAUUUGUUUCUUCACACGUGUCUUUGAGUUUUUUUUUAGAUUAUUUGUACUUCUUGAAGCGAGAACAUUUCCACAUGGAAGGUGUUACUACGAGCACUACAAGAGGGUAUUUCUGUUUCAUCAA